AUCGAGAAUACAGAUUAUACAGUAUUAAUACAAAAUGAAAAUCAAAAAGGUUUUUCAUUUAAAAAAUUAAAAUCAUUUUUAGGACCUGCUUUAUUCAUAUCAGUAGGUUAUAUGGAUCCUGGUAAUUGGGCCACUGAUAUUGAAGGUGGGUCUAGAUUUGGGUAUCAAUUGAUGUGGGUUUUACUAUUUUCAAAUAUAAUGGCAUUGUUUUUACAAACCUUAGUAAUUAAAUUGGCUUUGGUAACAAGAAAUGAUUUGGCUCAAAUGUGCAGACAAGAAUUCGGUACCUUUAUAAACUAUGUUUUAUGGAUUAUUUCAGAGUUGGCUAUUGUUGCAACUGAUUUGGCUGAAGUUAUUGGCACUGCCAUUGGUCUUAAUAUUUUGUUUGGUUUACCUUUGAUCGCAGGUGUUGCCAUUACCUCAUUAGAUACUCUGUUAUUUUUAGCUAUUCAAAGAUGGGGCAUUAGAAAAUUAGAAUUCCUAAUUCUAUUUUUACUAACCUCAAUUACACUAUGCUUUGUAAUUGAACUUUUCUUAUCCAAACCAAUCGCAAGUGAAGUAUUCAAAGGCUUUAUACCAACAUUAAACUCUGAUAGUGUUAUGGUCGCCACAGGUAUAGUUGGGGCAACAACAAUGCCUCAUAAUUUAUUUUUACAUGGUUCAGUUGUAAAGUCAAGAAAGAUCAAGCACGACUCUAAAAGCUCAAUUAAACAAGCAUACAAAUAUAAUGUUAUCGAUACAGUGUUGGCACUCAACUGCGCAUUCUUUGUUAAUAUCUCAAUUUUAAUGUUAGCAGCAUCUGUAUUUUGGAAAAGGGGAAUUGAGGUUACAGAACUUAACGAUGCAUAUAAAAUGUUGGAACAAUUGAUGGAUGGUAAGUUAGCAGCGAUAUUGUUCGGUCUAGCUCUCUUCUUAUCAGGUAAUUCAUCAACCAUCACAGGUACAAUGGCUGGGCAGGUGGUAAUGGAAGGAUUCGUAAAGCUUACAAUUAGACCAUGGAUUAGAAGAAUUAUAACAAGACUCAUGGCGAUAAUUCCAGCGAUUGUAGUAAUACUAGUAUUUGGUGAUAAAGCAACUUAUACACUAUUAAUUUUAUCUCAAGUAAUUUUAUCAAUAGGUUUACCAUUUGCAGUUGUACCACUAGUUAUAUUUACAAGUCGUAGAGAUAUAAUGGGAGAUUUUAAAAACCAUAUAGCCAUCAUUAUAAUCAAUACAAUAAUAGCCCUCUUUAUUAUUGGUUUAAAUUUGGCGACACUAUUCCAGUGGAUUGAAGAAUUUUUACAUAGAUCUACUGUAUCAUUUGCCCUAACAAUU